AUGCCUCCCAAGUUCGAUCCCAGUGAGGUUAAGAUCAUUUACCUUCGCGCCACCGGUGGUGAAGUUGGUGCUUCCAGUGCUCUUGCUCCCAAGAUCGGUCCUCUCGGUCUUUCUCCCAAGAAGGUGGGUGAAGAUAUCGCCAAGGGUACCAAGGAAUGGAAAGGUCUUCGUGUCACUGUUCAAUUGACCAUUCAAAACCGUCAAGCUCAAGUGUCUGUUGUGCCCUCUGCUUCCUCUUUGGUCAUCAAGGCUUUGAAGGAACCUCCACGAGACCGCAAGAAGGAAAAGAACAUCAAGCAUAGUGGUAACAUCACUUUGGAUGAUGUGAUUGAAAUUGCCCGUACCAUGCGUUACAAGUCUUAUGCUCGUGAACUUUCUGGCACUGUCAAGGAAAUCUUAGGUACUGCUCAAUCAGUGGGUUGUACUGUGGAUGGACAAAACCCUCAAGAUAUUUGCAAGGCCAUUGAUGCUGGUGAAGUUGAAAUCCCUGAAAAAUAGAUGCUAUCUCAUUACCUUUGAUGAAAUAAACAAUUCGCAGCUCGUUCUGUUUUCUUUUCAUU